AUGAGGGCGCCGUUAGGGAAGAGUGUGCAAGACCUUCGCCAGCGGGAGGAUGAGCAGCAGCAGCAGCAGCGCGAGACUCACCCGGGCGACGAUUCCGCAUUUCCGAGGCCACAGUUAAUGCAGGACAACGAUGAUAAUCUCAAGGAGGACGACUAUGGAAGCCGCCUACGCAUCAACUUGUCUGACAUCGACCAGGACCCGUUUGGCAUGUCGGAGGUACUUUUGGAUGGAGACCGGCUUCACCGCAAGCAGAAUGACACAUGUGAGAGUGAUCACCGAAAAGACGUGUUGGAAAGUGAGGAGGAAGGUGGCGAAGCUGGACAGCAUCCGCCAAAGCGACCCGGGACGCUGCGCAAGGCGAUCCACGUGCUGCGCUUCUACUUUAACGUGGUCGUGCCAUUUGGUGGCUUCCUCGCCACCACCUUCAACCUUGCCUCGGCCACUCUCGGUGCCGGCAUCAUUUCCAUCCCCUCCGGCUUCAACCUGAGCGGGGUGAUCAUGUCCUGCGUCUACCUCAUCCUGGCUGGGGCCGGUACGAUCUACUCUAUGAAUCUGCUGGCGAAGGUAAUGAUCAAGACGGGACUUCGGAGCUAUGCCCAGUCGGCGCGUAUGCUGCUCGGCCGCGGCGCCGACUACUUCCUGGCGGUACUCAUCAUCAUCCAGUGCUUUGGCGGGUCUGUCGCGUACAUUAUCGCAACGAGCACGCUUCUGACCCCCAUUUUGAAAGCCCCCAGUGCGCCCGCAUUCUUCAAAACAAAGCAGGGCAACCGUGUCAUUACAUCGGUGGUGUGGCUGAUCAUCAUGCUGCCGCUUGUGUUUCCGAAGAAAGUGAACUCUUUGCGCUACGUGUCCACCUUUGGGGUGCUCUUCAUUGUGUACUUUGUGGCGUGCGUAAUUGGCCACUCUGCCACGAACGGGCUGCACGACCCAUCGAUUCGCAGUGAGGUGCGCCUCAUGCGCACGGGCAACGAGGCGCUGGAGGGCCUCGGCGUGUUUCUCUUCAGUCUGAUGGUGCAACUCAACGCCUACGAUAUCUUUUUCGAGAUGAAACACAAGACGGUGUUCCACUUUACCCUCUACACGGCCAUCGCCACUGGGCUGUGCAUGCUGCUCUACGUUCUCGCUGGCGUCUUUGGCUACUUGGAUUUUGGCUCCAAGGUGCGAGACUCGGUGCUCUCCCUGUACGACCCCAUUAAGGAGCCCUACAUGGCGGUGGGCUACAUUGGCAUCGUCGUCAAGAUCUGCGUUGCCUUUGCCCUCCACAUGAUCCCGUUUCGUGACGCCCUCUACCAUUUCUGUCGCUGGACGCCGGAGGAGGUGCCGUACUGGAAGCACUGUCUCAUCAUGGCGAUCCCAGCGACGGCGGCGCUGCUUUGCGGCCUCUUCAUCCCCACUAUUAACUCCGUCCUGGGGCUUCUGGGCUCCUUCUGCGGCGGCAUCAUCGGCAUGAUCAUGCCAGCGCUGUUCUACAUGUACGCUGGCCACUUCACCUUGCGCGAAGUGGGCCUGCUGAACUACGUGGCUACGUAUCUUUUGCUCGUCGGGGGUGUUGUUUCUGUAGUUUUCGGUACUGUCACCACCAUCUACAGCACCACCCGGAGCUCAUUCGCCCUCUAA